AUGUUACAAAGGGCGGCGAGCAACGCUUUCUCGUGGUGGUGGGCUAGCCACAUUCGAACCAAGCAGUCGAAAUGGCUCGAGCAAAGCCUUAUAGAUAUGGAAGAAAAGGUUCAUAACGCAUUAAGCAUUAUUCAGAAAGAUGGUGAUUCAUUUGCCAAGAGGGCAGAAAUGUACUACCGUCACAGGCCAGAUUUGAUAUGCUUCGUCGAGGAAACUUUUCGAGCAUACCGAGCGUUAGCCGAGCGUUAUGAUAAAUUGUCAAAGAGCUUGCAGAAAGCCAACACCACCAUUGCCUCAAUCUUCCCAGAUCAAAUAUCGUAUGACGAUUUUGAUGAUGAUGAUAUAGGUCCUCCUAAAAGAACCAGAAACAUGCCUCUUCAAAAUCAAGGACCAAAUGCAGCAAAGAUUCCCAAAGUUCCGGAACUUCCGACUAAGAAUUUGAAGGGUCUCAUUAGCAAUGCGUCAAAGAAGAUACGAAUAACGAAUGCAUUCAAAGAAGAUAAGCCGAUUCAUAUUGUGCCGAAAUCUGGUUUGAGUGAAGAAGAAGCACUUGAAGAGAUAGACAAGAUUCAGAAAGAUAUACUCGCGAUGCAAACUACAAAGGAGUUCAUCAAGAGUGCAUACGAGAAUGGGCUUUCGAAAUACUGGGAGAUCGAGAAUAAGAUAAACACGAUGCAACAAAGGGUUUGCAGAUUACAGGACGAGUUUAAAGUUGCGAGAGUUAUCGAGGAUGGUGAUGCUCGAACUGUUAUGGCACAAGCAGCAUUAAAGUCAUGCAAAAAUACACUAGAGAACUUAGAGGAGAAACGAGAGAAUUCGAGCCAAGCUGCUAGGUCCGAACACCAGAGAAUCGUGGAUGCGAAACAGAAAAUCGAGGCGUUGAAACGUAAAUUUCUUCCAGACGAAGUUGAUGGAUCAGAAAAUGACGAAGAAGGGAAAUCACAGAUCUCAAAUCAAGACGAUAACGACGACAAGGAGGGUGUGGCAAAGAUUAGAGAAAGCUUAGAGGAGAUAUCAAAGAAACCUCUAACGGUUUCGAAAUUGGCAGACACCAUCGACAAGCUUGCAAACAAGGUGAUUAGCUUAGAGAGUACAGUUUCGUCUCAGACUGCUAAUAUAGAUAACUUAAGAGCUCAAACUAGUGCUCUUCAAACACAAAUUCAAGAUUUGGAAGCUGAUAAGGCUUCCUUGGCAGAUGGGACACAGAAUUUGCAUAAAAAGUUGAAGGAUUUGGAAAAGAAAUUGCAUAGAGUAGAAGAUUUGGAGAACGAUGUUGAGAAGCAAAAUAGUAGUCUAAAAUUAUAUUUUACCGAAGCUCGUUUUAACAUCGAGCAUCUCUCCGAGAAGCUUCAUGACGUGCAGCCAGAUGAUGAGAUUGAGGCAGGUUCCCCCGACAUCAAAGAAGGAAGCGUGAAGUCUGAUCUAGAAGAUGAAGUUUUUGAAGAGUGUAGCCCUUCCGCGGAAGAUCAAGGAAAUUGGGAGUCAGAAAUUGUUGUAGAAAUGUCCAUAAAAGAAGGAGAAUUGAAGUCGGAAGAAGUUGUAAAAGAGCGAGAAAUCCCUUCCACAAACAACGAUGACGGGAUCAAUAAUGCAAAUACCACCAAGAAAAUGAGUGAAAUGAACGAUAUUGAUGAGGUCAAGAAUGCAAAAACUACCAAGGAAAAGGGGGAAACGAAUAAUGAUGAUGGGGUUAAGAAUGGAGAUGCUAAUGAGGAAAAGGGGGAUGAUGGUGUGAAAAAUGUUGAUAUUAAAAAAGGCAAGCCAAAGAAGGAGGAAAGAAACACUCGCAGGAAUGAAGAUAUGGUCAAAAACUCAGAUUCUAGAAAGGAAAACAUUAAAGAAUCCGCCAACGAUGAAUCUCCGAAGAAGCCAUUAAAAGUAUAUACAACGACGUUGAAGAACUACAAGGAAACCAAGCGUAAAUUAAGUGCAGAAGAGAAAAGAAGACUUGAAACUCUCUUUGAAUUAACGGUCCUCGUACGAGAACUGAAGAGUGGCAUGAUGAAGAAAGACAGCGAGAUUCAGAUUCUAAAACAGAAGCUCAAACAACUUCAAGACGAAUUAGAGGACGAAGACAUCAUUAAUAUCUCAAUCGAUGAACCCAAACCCGUUUCAGAGGUUGAAGAGCGGUUAAGAAUGGAAAUCGAUGCAAUACUUGACGAGAAUCUUGAUUUCUGGUUAAGAUUCAGCUCUCAGUUCCAUCAGGUACAGAAAUUCAAGACAGAGGUAGAAGAUCUAAAGGAAGAGAUAGUAAAAGUGAAGGCUAAAGGCGUCGAGAAUAAAAUAGGCGCAAGUGCGGAAGGAAAAACGAGCACAUCUAUGUUCACAACAGAUUUAAGAUCAGAAAUAAGGCCAAUAUACAAGCACCUUAAAGAGAUACAAGGUGAACUAACAGUAUGGAUAGAUCAAGCUGAAUCCUUGAAAGAAGAAUUACAUAGGAGAUGUGCUUCUUUAACCAACAUCCAAGAAGCAAUAACAAUGGCUUUAAAGGAAGGCAUGCAAGAGGACGAAAUCAAGUUUAGUACCCAUCAAGCAGCAAAAUUUCAAGGCGAAAUCUUGAACAUGGAACAAGAAAAUAACCGAGUUAACGAAGAACUUGAAGCAGGAUUACAUCAUGCAAGGUCCCUACACCUUGAAAUAAAGAAGACUCUACGAAAGUUAGAAGAGGAGUUUGGCCUUUGUGACGAUCAAAACCCGUACCAACAAAACUUUGUGCGCACGUCAUCACGCCCAGGAAUACCGUUAAGGUCAUUCCUUUUCGGGGUUAAAGCAAGGAAACAAAGGCCGUCUAUUUUUGGAACUAGAAACCAUCAGAAGAAGGUUCCUACGCCAAGAAGUGGUCGACCUUAA